AUCUGCCAAGGCGUGAAGAUGGAACAGGCCAAUCGUCUUUGUGGGGGGGUUUCCCUGCUUCACACAGUGGUUGAUGGGAAACAUCACUAUGAAGUAAAGAAUGUUUUGACAGAUAUACGACGUAAAUUUGUCAGGAAGGGAGACAAAAUCCUGAUGAUAAAUGGUGUGAAAACUAAGGAUUUGCCCCCGGAGAAGUUCGCCAGCAUGUUAAGUUCAGGAGCUCCCAUCUUGACUAUACAUGAAGCCAGCAUCAACACAGACAUAAAUGAAUGUCUGGAGUCUGACGCCAUGCGACCUUACCGCAAGGAGAAGAUCACCUUGCACUUCAGAAUGGCUAUGGUUAGAGAGGAGAGUCUGGAGGGAGAAGAAAAUGGAGUGGACCCAGCUGUGUGUGAAUGGGAGAGCGACUACACUGAAAAUGACCAGGAAAUGCUCCUUGUGUCCAUGAAUGAAACCAGUGUAGCAGUUUUGAGUGGAAGAGGCUGUGAUCCUGAAAACCCCUGCAACAACUGCGGCUCUCAUGAGUGCAACCUCAGUGAAGUUGUUGUGGCAGCUCAGAUGUGCGAAGUUACAUCAGUUGCCAGGCAAUACAUCAAGAAAUUUGGCGAACAAAAACAUUGGAUCAGCCUUGUAAGAUCCAACCCUGAUCACACUUCCUUGUCAGCGGAAAUCACUAUCUACUACUACAUCUCAAAUAUACUACCAGAUCUUGGUAGAGGUGUCCCUGUUGUACUAAACUUCACUGACUCCAAUAACUUCCUGAAUUGCACAUGUGAGGAUGGUAAAGUAGUUUUGAAAAUUGAGGUAAGUUGUAAUUUGUUUAUUUGUAUGUCUUUAAAUACAUGCAUAGCAGUAACUUAUUAUUACAACUUAUCUUGAAGUUUAUUCUUCAUGACAUUAACAUUAAAUUCACCAGUUUAGGCCACCAUCUAAUCAUCAGUACAGACCAGGGAGGUUCAAAGUCCAUAUAAGGACCAAAAUCAUUGGUGGUGGCUAAUAAUACAGUCUUAAGGUGUCUUCACAUAUAGUUCUUUUUAAAUUAACCAAAUUGAGUUCUGAUAAAGUGAACCUGAAAGGGAACCAACUGCAAAUGACCUCAGUUCUUUUUGUGUUCACAACAUAAGCGAACUAUAAAGUGGACUUUCUGGUCCUUUGAGAUCUCAGACCACUUGAAAAAGUCAACGCUGCUGUCUUGAUCACUGACAGGCUUUAUCCUGAGUAGAACCUUAUAAAUGACCCUUAGUCUGUUUUUAGCUGUUGAAGUGCUGCGUGCUGUGGCUGUGUGUGUGGUGAUUCUCAAGGAUAAAACACAUGAUAAAAAUAACAUGAACCAAUAAUAUUAUACUUUUAUUAAAUGAAAAGUCUGGUUCAGGGGGCCAGGAGUCCAACACAGUUUGACGAUUUCCCUACUCAAAAGCACCUUCUAAAUCUAACAACAAAAUGAUGAGUUGAACCAGGUGCAUUUGAGCAGAUUCAAAAAGGCACAAACAAAAGAAAGUGCUACUGGUAGGAAAAUAAACAUAAAAAAUCACAGGUGCUUCUGGAGUGGGAUUAAAAAAUUGAGAAUGAUUGAACAUCCAUGGAACUCUUCUUCAUCUUUUCCUCAUUCACUUGUUCUCACAGUUGAAUUCCUUGUAUACUUUUUGUCAUUUAGUCUUUACAGCCCUCAGUAUGGGAGAGCUGUUUGUCUUUUUUGAUAUGUGGUCUAACUAAACUUACUGUAUUGGAUAUUUCAGUGCUGUGGUGACAAAU